ACAUUAUCCCCUCCUCCAUUCUUCUUUCUCUCUCCAAAUUCAACUCCUCUGCCUCCGGCAGGCUCGUAGUAGGUUAGGUCAAGAAUUCAAAAUCAAUGGCUCAUUCCCUAUCAGCCCUCACUUCUUCCUUCGCUUCUCUCUCUUUCUCCUCGCAGGUUUCCUAUAUGCCCCAACCACUCUCCUUUGUCCUGCCGCCCAAGCAUCUUUCCUCUCCGUCGAGGCUGGUCGCAGCCUCAAGUCUCUCCGUCUCCGCCUCCGCCGUGGCUGCUCCCUCACCGGUCGAUUUCGAGACUGCGGAUUUGAAGCAGUACGUCAAGUCCAGGCUUCCCGGCGGGUUCGCCGCCCAGACCAUCAUUGGCACGGGCCGCCGAAAAUGCGCCAUCGCUCGCGUUGUCCUCCAAGAAGGAACGGGCAAAUUCAUCAUCAAUUACCGUGAUGUCAAGGAGUAUCUUCAAGGAAAUCCAUUGUGGCUUCAAUAUGUCAAAUUCCCGUUGGUGACCUUGGGGUAUGAAAGUAGUUAUGAUGUAUUUGUCAAGGCACACGGUGGAGGUCUUUCUGGUCAAGCUCAAGCAAUCUCUCUUGGCAUUGCCCGUGCACUACUGAAGGUAAGUGAAAGCCAUAAAGCACCUCUGAGAAAGGAAGGUCUACUCACUAGAGACUCAAGAGUGGUUGAGAGGAAGAAAGUUGGUCUUAAGAAAGCUCGAAAAGCCCCACAAUACUCGAAACGUUGAGAUCUGGAUGUUUGUAUUAUGUAUUUUAGGUUUAUUUAAGUUCCUCAAACUAGUUACCAUUUUUCUUCACUCUUGGUGACAUUUGCAAUUAGAGCUAUGAAAACUGUUGGCUCUCUUUUCCUUGUAUGGUAAAGGGGAAGUGUAUACAGAUAUUUAGAAAAUGUCGAGAAAUGAAAACCCAUGGCAUGCAUGUGUACUCUUGCAGGCA